AUGGCCCCGACCCGCUUAAAGGCGGCGGCGGCCGCGCCGCGGGCAGAGCGAGGAGUUCGCCGCGGCCGCCGCCGGCCCGGAGCCGGCGCCAAGAUGCCCCGGGGCUUCCUGGUGAAGCGCAGCCGGCGGCCCACCCCCGUGUCCUACCGGGUGCGCUGCUGCCGCGAGGCCGCCGCCGGCCCGCCGCUCCCCGCCGGCGCCGCCCCGCCGCCCGCCUGCCCCGCCGCGCCGCCGCCCCCGCCGCGGGACUCGCCGCCGCCCGUGCCCUUCGGGACGCCCGAUGCCGCCGUGCAGGCGCUGUACAGCCCCACGCGGCCCGUCAGCAGGGACAAGUACCUGGAGCGCGGCUUCAGCCUGGGCUCACCCGUCUCGGCCGAGUCCUUCCCCGCCCCGGCCGUGCCCGGCACCAUGGACCCGCUCCUCUUCGCCCCGGCCGAGCUCAAGCUCUGGGCCGCCGCCGGCCACGUCGAGCCGCCCGCCGCCCACCCCGGCCCCGGCGGAGCCCCCGCGCCGCCCGCCCCGGCCGCGCCGCCCGCCUCGGGCCGCCCGCCGCCCAACAAGCGCCCGCCGGGCGCGGCCGAGCCCGGGCGGCACAAGGGCCCGUCGGGCAAGAAGACGAAGGCGAUCCGCAAGCUGACCUUCGAGGACGAGGUGACCACCUCGCCCGUGCUGGGGCUGCGCAUCAAGGAGGGCCCGGUGGAGGCGCCGGCCAAGGCGCGGGGCGGCUGCGCCCGCCCGCUGGGCGAGUUCAUCUGCCAGCUCUGCAAGGAGGAGUACGGGGACCCCUUCGCGCUGGCGCAGCACCGCUGCUCCCGCAUCGUCCGGGUGGAGUACCGCUGCCCCGAGUGCGACAAGGUCUUCUCCUGCCCCGCCAACCUCGCCUCCCACCGCCGCUGGCACAAGCCGCGCCCGCCCGCCGCCAAGGGCGGCCCCGAGGCGGGCCGGGCACCGGCCGCGGCCCCGGGCCCGGCGGAGGAGCCGCCGAAGGAGGCGAGCGGCGGCAGCGGCAGCGAGCGGGACACGCCGAGCCCUGGCGGAGCCUCGGAAGCGGGCUCCGAGGAGGGGCUCUUCGAGUGCCCCCGCUGCUCCAAGCGGUUCCGCCGGCAAGCCUACCUGCGCAAGCACCUGCUGGGGCACACCGCCCCGGCCCCCGCAUCCGCACCGGCACCCGCACCGGCACCCGCGCCCGCCCCGGAGCCCGCUGCCGAGGAGCCGCCCGCCGCCGAGUGCCGCCUCUGCCCCGUCUGCGGGGAGACCUUCCCCAGCAAGAGCAGCCAGGAGCGGCACCUGCGCCUCCUCCACGCCGCCCAGGUCUUCCCCUGCAAGUACUGCCCGGCCACCUUCUACAGCUCGCCCGGCCUCACCCGGCACAUCAACAAGUGCCACCCCUCGGAGAACCGGCAGGUCAUCCUGCUCCAGGUGCCGCUGCGUCCCGCCUGCUGAGCCGCCCGUGCCUUCCCCGCCGGCCCCGCGCCGCUCCCCCGGGGCCGCCACACGAUUAGCUUUAAUACGGCUUGCGACCUGCUGGAAUCUGGCUUUACACUUACCUUCCCGGGGUCUCUUUUUUUUUUUUUUUUUUU